AUGCCGAAGCUGAGGCUGCUGCAAAGUUUGGAAGGGCAUGACGACAGAGUGUGGCACGUCGCGUGGUCGCCUACAGGGGACACGCUGGCCAGCUGCAGCGGUGACAAGACCGUUCGCAUCUGGCGCCGGUCCCAGCCAGGUUCCGACACCUGGCACUGCACCGCCAUCCUUGAGGACGUGCACUCCCGCACCAUCCGCUCCUGCUGCUGGUCACCCACUGGCUCUCAUCUGGCGACAGCCAGCUUCGAUCGCACGGUUGCAAUCUGGGAGGUCAAGGGCGCGGUCUGGGAGAUGACCACCCUGCUGGAGGGCCACGAGAGCGAGGUCAAGGACGUGGCUUGGAGUCCAGACGGCGGGCUGCUGGCCACCUGCUCCCGGGACAAGACGGUCUGGGUCUGGGAGUCUGCGCCCGGCGACGAGUACGAGGACGUGAAGACCGUGCGCUGGCACCCCGGCGGCGAGGUCCUGGUGUCUGCCAGCUACGACGACAGCAUGAAGCUCUGGGUCGGGGAGGACGACGAGUGGGACGUGAAGACCGUGCGCUGGCACCCCGGCGGCGAGGUCCUGGUGUCUGCCAGCUACGACGACAGCAUGAAGCUCUGGGUCGGGGAGGACGACGAGUGGGUCUGCGCACAGACUCUGUCAGACGGGCCCCAGUGGCAGCUGGCCACCACCCUGCGAGGCGAUCACUCCCGCACGAUCUUCUCGGUCGACUGGUCGCGCUGCGCGCCGCUGAUCGCGAGCGGGGGAGCUGACAACAGCAUUUGCAUACAUGGGGUGAGGAGCCUGUUCAUGCCUGAGCAUGGGUUCCAGGCGCCGCCGGUGGAAAAGCUGGCGGUGACGCUGGCGCAUAAAGAGGCUGCGGCGCACGCGAGCGACACCAACUGCGUGCGCUGGCACCCGACGAUACCCGGCCUGCUGGCUUCGGCGGGGGACGAUGGCAUUCUCAAGCUCUGGCAGUAUGACCAGGAGGCUGAAGACGAUGCCUCAUAA